CAGGGCGUUGUUUUCUAUUGAGUGUUCAUCAGCUGUGUGGUUGCUCCGCUCAGGCCCCGAUCUCCUCCGCGGCAAACCUCCGGCCUCCUCCAUCGCUUGAGCUGUGUAACGCACCGGAAACGUGAAGAACAGCAGCGCCUGGGAGAAUUGUUGGCAUUUCUGCUACAAAUUGGACCUAAAUCUUCAGCAUGGAAGAGUUCAAGAGGGUCAUUCUACAGUCUGGACCACCUGAAAGUUUCGCUCUUCAGGCAGUUCAAGAGGUUAUAAAACCUCAGAAACAAACAAAAUUAGCACAAGAUGAGAAUCAAUUGCUCGAGAAUAUGCUUCGAACAUUGCUUCAGGAAUUGGUGUCAUCAGCUGUACAGUCAGGUGAGGAAAUCAUGCAGUAUGGAAAAUCAAUUGAUGAUGGAGAAAAUACUCAGGGUGUCAUCCCACACCUUCUAGACAUUGUUCUCUAUCUUUGUGAGAAGGAACAUGUUGAGGGUGGCAUGAUAUUUCAGCUGCUAGAAGACUUGACAGAGAUGUCUACAAUGAGAAAUUGCAAAGACAUUUUCCGGUAUAUAGAGAGUAAGCAAGACAUACUGGGGAAGCAAGAGCUGUUUGCUCGAGGAAAACUUGUAAUGCUGAGAACAUGCAAUCAACUUCUUCGCCGGCUGUCAAAGGCGAAUGAUGUGGUAUUUUGUGGACGAAUCCUUAUGUUUCUGGCACAUUUCUUUCCACUUUCUGAACGUUCAGCUGUGAAUAUAAAAGGAAUUUUUAACACAUCAAAUGAGACAAAAUAUGAGAAAGAUCCACCUGAAGGCAUUUCUGUUGAUUUCAACUUUUACAAAACAUUUUGGAGUUUACAGGAAUACUUCUGUAACCCUGCUUCCCUUACUCUUGCUCCUGUAAAGUGGCAGAAAUUCACAUCUAGUUUGACAGUUGUGUUGAAUACCUUUGAAGCUCAGCCUUUGAGUGAUGAAGAUGGACAUGCUAACAUUCUGGAGGAAGAGGCAGCAACGUUUAAUAUAAAAUAUCUAACAAGCAGUAACCUGAUGGGUUUAGAGUUAAAAGAUCCCAGUUUUCGACGCCAUAUUCUGGUGCAAUGCCUCAUAGUGUUUGAUUAUCUGAAGGCCCCAGGGAAGAAUGACAAAGAUUCAUCUGAAACCAUGAAAGAAGAAAUUAAGUCUUCUGAAGAUCGAGUGAAGAAACUGCUGGAAAUGACUCCACCAAAUGGGAAAGAGUUUCUUCGUAGUAUUGAGCACAUGUUAGAACGUGAAAAGAAUUGGGUGUGGUGGAAACGUGAUGGCUGCCCCCCAUUUGAGAAGCAACCAAUAGAGAAGAAAACAGUUCAAGAUGGAGUUAAGAAGCGGCCAAGAUGGAGGAUGGGGAAUAAAGAGCUUUCACAGUUGUGGAAGUGGGCUGACCAGAAUCCGAAUGCUUUGACUGAUCCCCAACGUGUUAGGACUCCUGCCAUCACCGAUUACUGGAAACCCUUGGCUGAAGAUAUGGAUGAGGCUGCAGGAAUAGAAGCAGAAUAUCACCACAAGAACAACAGGGUCUAUUGCUGGAAGGGUCUCCGCUAUUCAGCUCGGCAAGAUUUGGAAGGGUUUUCUAGAUUUACUGAACAUGGGAUUGAAGGAGUUGUACCUUUUGAACUUCUUCCACCUGAAGUACGAUCAAAGUUCCAAGGUAAACCAAACGACAGGACAAAACGUGCCAAAAAGGAAGAUACAAAGAGUGCCUCUAAUCAGGUUGAAGAAAAUCAGAUUGCAACACCUGCAAGUGAGAAUGAUGCAGAAGGAAUCAGAGCAGAGGUUGAAACCUCUGCAGCACCAAUGGACACCGAUGCCUUGGCUGUGAGUGGCAAUAUUUCCCAGGGUGAGGCUGGCACACCAACACCAGAUGAACAAAAGCAUAGCUCCGACACAGAUGUAGGUCAAGAGGCUGGCCAGUUAGAAGCAGAUGCUGAAGUAGAUGCAGGGGUGAUAGAUGGAGAGACAGACGCAGAGGUCGAGAUAGAUGCUGCGGGAUGAGAUUAACUCUGGUCUUGUUAACUAGAAAACAAAAUAUCCAAAAUACCAAUUUACUAUUGUAACAUAUUAGUAUUAGAAAAUUGAAGUUCUUUUUUUUUUUUUUUAAUCUUUGACUUUCUAUCUUUUUUGAGAUGCUCACAAUUUCUUUAUAAUGGAUAUUAAUGGUGGUGCGUGGGGUUAAGUGUUUGCGGAUACCAUAGCCGCCUCUCUUUCACAUUACACCUCCAAUUCACCUAGAAACCCAUUAAAGUUCCCAUUUUUCAUUUCUGUUCCCUUCACUUGGACUGCUUUUUCUUUGUGAAUCAGGAAUUGA